AUUAUCACUAUCAUUCCGACGCGGUGUUAGCUGUGUUUUGUUGCGGUAUUUCACUCCGUGUUCGAAGAAUUGUGGUCGCCUGACUUAACAAAAUGUCAAGUUGGGCUCAGGACGCAGACGAGCAAGAGAAACUAGUCUCAAGUCUCACUGACAAGGUGUCAGGAGUUAGCAUCGAUGGGUCCGGAGACGCUGGUCCGAGCGACAACGAUGAAAAGUCCAGUGACGCUGAUAGCAAACCAGCGGCUACAGAAGGAGAUGAGCCCGUGGUCACCCCGGCGGAAGCGUCAUUGAUGCAGAAAAUAAUCCGGUCGCGUCUUGUGCGCUCGACACACGACGUGGAGGUCCAGCGCAAAGACCCUAAGUCGCCACUGUACUCAAUCAAGACGUUUGAAGAGCUGAAGCUUCGCCCAGAACUUCUGAAAGGCGUGUACGCGAGUGGCUUUGACCUGCCGUCCAAGAUCCAGGAGACUGCAUUACCCACGUUGUUGGCUGACCCUCCGCAGAACAUGAUUGCUCAGUCACAGAGCGGCACGGGAAAGACUGCCGCCUUUAUUCUGGCCAGCUUAAGUCGAGUGGAGGAGGAGCAGCGGUACCCGCAGGUGCUGAUCCUGUCACCCACGUACGAGUUGGCCAUACAGACUGGCGAGGUGGCUAAGAGGAUGGCACAGUUCUGCACCCGCAUCACCUUCUGCUAUGCCGUGCGCGGAGUCACCUUCUCGCAAGGAGAAAAGAUCGAAGACCAAGUAAUCCUGGGCACACCAGGAAAGAUCAUUGACUGGGCCUUUAAGUUCAAGUUCUUUGACCUGUCACGCAUCAAAGUCUUUGUGCUGGAUGAGGCAGACAUCAUGAUUGCCCAGCAGGGACAUCAUGACCAGUCCAUACGCAUCCACAAGCGGCUUUCUCCAAACUGCCAGAUGAUGCUGUUCUCAGCCACCUACGACAAGGAUGUGAUGGAGUUUGCAGAAAUGAUCAUCUCCAACCCCGUGGUGAUCCGCUUGCGCAAGGAGGAGGAAACCCUGGAGAACAUCAAGCAGUACUAUGUGGUGUGUGCUAGUAAGGAAGAAAAGUUCUCGGCUAUUUCCAACAUCUACGGUGUGCUGGCUAUUGGGCAGACAAUUAUCUUUUGCCACACACGUCAGGCAGCUGUCUGGCUGGCCGGACAAAUGACCAAGGAGGGUCAUGCUGUGGCCUUGCUCUCCGGCGAGCUCACCAUUGAACAGCGUAUUGCUGUACUACAACGAUUCCGCAAGGGUCUCGACCGUGUCCUCAUCACCACCAAUGUCUGUGCCAGGGGCAUUGAUGUGGAGCAGGUCACUGUGGUCGUAAACUUUGACCUUCCUGUUGACAUGAAGGGCCGGGCCGAUUGCGAAACAUACCUGCAUCGCAUUGGGCGCACGGGCCGGUUUGGCAAGUCGGGCAUUGCUGUCAAUAUGGUGGAAGGCAACCGAAGCUUAGCGGUCCUCAAGCAGAUUGAGGAGCACUUUGCGCGUCCCAUUCAGAAAUUGGAUGCAGAAGACAUGGAACAGAUAGAGAAGAUUCAGAAGUGAGCAAGCAAGCCCACAAAUUUCUCCAGGAGGAUCUUCAUUACGGCAAUGCUACGAGCUUCUUCAUCAAUUCAACAUUCAUUUACGCCUUGGUCACUUGUGACACUGUGGACUUGCUGCAAAGACUGUGGAAGCCAAUUUUUUAUAGGACUGCUCUCCGACCAAUGUGUGCACAGAGGACAGUAAAAAUGCUUUUUAGUCAUUGAUAUAAACAUUUCCAAGGUGUCUAAUGCAGUCACUAAGUUGUCAAUGUGCUCUGCGAACAUUGCUUCACAUCAGCCUUGUGUGUGUUCUGAUGAAUGCCGGUGGUGCUGUGUAAGAAGGGACCAUAGCCCACCUUUUGGAAGCCAUGCAGAGAGUUGGUUGUGGAAUGUGUGAUUUCUGGCUGUGAGAUUACAAAUAGUUUGGAUUAUAGCUUGACUCUUUGGAUGCUGCUAAUAUAGGAGCAGAAGUUAGUGCAGCGGUUGUUAUUGAAUGCAGUGUUGCAUCAGAAAGCAGUUAAUGUUUUAUUUGCUAAAUUUUUUUUCCUUAUGCAGAUAAGCUGAAAUACAUUGAAUUCAUAAAUGCAGUUCAAUUUUUUUAGUACCAGCUACUUAAUCACUUAAGAAGAGCAGAGUUUUGUUCAUUUUGUUGUCUGAAUUUGUUUUAAGUUAUUCAUCAUGUUAGUGCAGUGAUUUUUAUGGUGACCUUAUUUGUGUGCCACAAGUAAAAAUAAUGACAGCCUGGGCAUACGACGGGUCAGCUCAGAUUCGCUGGUGAGCCUAAGAAAAGUUGCCUCAACCUCCACCAAAUUGGUGCAGUGAUGGUUAGACCAGAUGUAUAAACACUUGUUUUGCCCACAGCUACCACAGGGCAUGAUAUACUGUUGAAAAGGAUGUGCCAAAGGAACCGGGAAUAAAAACUGCAAAGGGUAAACGUA